GCUGAUGUGCUCAGUGUGGCUGCCGUUUCCUCCCCCCUCACCUUCCCAGCGCGGCUGUCUGCCUCCGAUCCCUUCACCCGAGGGCUGGACCGGCAUCCUCUGCCCCAUCUCAAACUUCCUACCAGGGGGGGGAGAAGCUCUCGGAGGCUGAUCCUCAGCCGCCCGGAGGAGAGGCAGCAGAGUUUGGAGAGCUCUGGCUGUAGUGUGUUUGAGGAGGUGAAGGAUGGUGUGAUUCUUUGAAGAGGGAGAGACGUUUUGGCAGCAUCACUGAGCCCCCCUCCACGUCCCUCUCCUCAGCCCCCUUCUGUCUGGGCGACGCUCUUCUAAUAGCGCACUCCUUCAAGACAGACAGUCUGGAGGGUGCUCGAACACGAGGAGAUAUGUCACAUACUCGGAGGAGCACAUACACCCGGACCACCAGCAGUGGCAGCAGCAGGAUGAGCUCGGACGGGGGCGGCCGGCCCGUCAAGGUGGGCUCUCUGGUGGAGGUGAUCGGCAAAGGCCAGCGUGGAACCGUGGCCUACAUCGGCAACACGCUCUUCGCAUCGGGGAAAUGGGUGGGGGUCAUCCUGGACGAGGCCAAGGGCAAGAACGACGGCACGGUGCAGGGCAAGCGCUACUUCACCUGUGAAGAGCACCAUGGGAUUUUUGUGAGACAGUCACAGAUCCAGCUGGUCGAUGAUGGAGCGGAUACAACAUCUCCUGAGACACCUGAGCCCAGCGCCGGCAAGACCCUGAAACGAGAACUCCCAGAGACGGCCAAAUCCACCAAAAUGCGAGGAUUAAAGCCCAAAAAGACUCCUGCACCCCGGAAGACCACGGCCAGACGGCCCAAGCAGCCGAGCCGUCCUGCAGGAGGGAAAGCGGCUGCGUCCGGCUCAGCGUCGGCCUCGGCGGGGGAGAUGAGCAGCAGCGAGCCCAGCACGCCGGCCCAGACCCCCCUGGCUGCUCCGGUGGUCCCCAGCCUGCCCUCCCCGGGAAACCCUCCAGCCCCCGUCCCCAGCAAGGAAGACGUUGCCAUGGAAGCGCAGGAGGAGGAGGCGCUGCGUGCUCAGGUGAAGGACCUGGAGGAGAAGCUGGAGACGCUGAAGAUAAAGCGGACGGAGGACAAAGCCAAGCUGAAGGAGCUGGAGAAGCACAAGAUCCAGCUGGAGCAGCUGCAGGAGUGGAAGAUGAAGAUGCAGGAGCAGCAGGCCGAGCUGCAGAAACAGCUGAAGGAGGCCAAGAGGGAGGCCAAAGAAGCCCUGGAGGCAAAGGAGCACUACAUGGAGGAGAUGUCGGACACAGCCGACGCAAUCGAGAUGGCAACGCUGGAUAAGGAGAUGGCAGAGGAGAGAGCGGAGUCCCUGCAGCUGGAGGUGGACUCCCUGAAGGAGAGGGUGGACGAGCUCACCAUGGACCUGGAGAUCCUCAAGCACGAGAUCGAGGAGAAAGGCUCGGACGGAGCUGCCUCCAGCUACCACGUGAAGCAGCUGGAAGAGCAGAACGGCCGGCUGAAGGAAGCACUGGUCAGGAUGCGGGACCUGUCUGCAUCGGAGAAGCAGGAGCACGUGAAGCUGCAGAAGCAGAUGGAGAAGAAGAACAUGGAGCUGGACACUCUGAGGAGCCAGAAGGAGAAGCUGCAGGAGGAGAUGAAGGCGGCAGAGAGAACCAUCGAUGAGCUGAAGGAGCAGGUGGAUGCAGCUUUAGGGGCGGAGGAGAUGGUGGAGACUCUGACGGAGAGGAACCUGGACCUGGAGGAGAAAGUCAGGGAGCUGAGAGAGACGGUCACGGACCUGGAAGCCAUAAAUGAGAUGAACGACGAGCUGCAGGAGAACGCCAGGGAGACGGAGCUGGAGCUGAGAGAGAUGUUGGAUCUGGGAGCGGCGCGGGUCCGAGAGGCCGAGAAGAGAGUGGAGGCGGCUCAGGAGACGGUGGCCGACUACCAGCAGACCAUCCAGAAGUACCGCGAGCUCACGGCCCACCUGCAGGAGGUGAACAGAGAGCUGACGAGCCAGCAGGAAGCCUCGGCAGAGCUGCAGCAGCAGCCGCCCGCAGAGAUGUUUGAUUUCAAGAUCAAGUUCGCAGAGACGAAGGCGUACGCCAAGGCCAUUGAGAUGGAGCUGAGGAAGAUGGAGGUGGGUCAGGCCAACAGACACGUUUCCCUCCUGACCUCCUUCAUGCCCGAGUCGUUCCUUCGCCACGGCGGAGACCACGACUGCAUCCUGGUGCUGCUGCUCAUCCCCCGGCUCGUCUGCAAGGCCGAGCUGAUCAGCAAACAGGCGCAGGAGAAGUUCGACCUGAAUGAAAGCUGCGUGGAGCGAGCGGGGCUGAAGGGCGGUGUCGGGGAGCAGCUGAGCUUCGCCGGAGGACUCGUCUACUCGCUGAGUCUGCUGCAGGCCACGCUGCACAAAUACGAGCAAGCUCUGGCUCAGUGCAGCGUGGAGGUUUAUAAGAAGGUCGGCUCCUUGUACCCGGAGAUGAGCGUCCAUGAGCGGUCGCUGGACUUCCUCAUAGACCUGCUGCACAAAGACCAGCUGGACGAGACCGUCAACGUGGAGCCGCUCACCAAGGCCAUCAAGUACUACCAGCACCUGUACAGCAUCCACCUGGCAGACCAUAAUGAAGACUGCACCAUGCAGCUGGCUGAUCACAUCAGAUUUACCCAGAGUGCCUUGGACUGCAUGGCGGUGGAGGUGGGCCGCCUGCGGGCCUUCCUGCACGCGGGGCAGGAGAAGGCGGACCUGGCCGUGCUGCUGAAGGACCUGGAGACGUCCUGCAGCGACAUCAGGCAGUUCUGCAAGAAAAUCCGCCGCAGGAUGCCGGGAACCGACGCCCCCGGCAUCCCGGCCGCGCUCACCUUCGGGCCCCAGGUGUCCGACACCCUCUCCGACUGCAGGAAACACCUGACCUGGGUGGUGGCGGUGCUGCAGGAGGUGGCGGCCGCCGGGGCCCAGAUGAUGUCCCCUCUGGGGGAGCAGGAGGGGCUGGCGGCCCUCAAGCUGGAGGACGUGGCCUUCAAGGCCGGAGAACAGAUCUAUGGAUCUCAGGGUGCCAGCCCCUAUGACUGUCUGCGACAGUCCUGCUGUAUCGUCAUAGCAACCAUGAACAAGAUGGCCACGGCCAUGCAGGAGGGAGAGUAUGACUCGGACAAGCCUCAGAGCCAGAAUCCUCCGCCGGUGGAGGUCAGGGCCGCGGCUCUCCGGGCAGAGAUCACAGACGCAGAAGGACUGGGCAUGAAGCUGGAGGACAGAGAGACCGUCAUCAAGGAGCUGAAGAAGUCCCUGAAGAUCAAGGGGGAGGAGCUGAGUGAAGCCAGCGUCCGACUCAGCCUGCUGGAAAAGAAGCUGGACAAUUCCUCCCGAGACGCAGACGAGCGCGUGGAGAAGAUCCAGACCCGGCUGGACGAGGCCCAGACUCUGCUGAAGAAGAAGGAGAAGGAGUUUGAGGAGACGAUGGACGCCCUGCAGGCCGACAUCGACCAGCUGGAGUCGGAGAAGGCCGAGCUGAAGCAGAGGAUCAACAACCAGUCCAAGAUGUCUGGGGACGGGCGGGGAGGAGGCCCGGCAGGAAUCGCUUCCCUGGUCACGGGGAUGGCAGGAGCCGAGCUGGGCUCCGGCGUGGGCUCGGGUUCAGGCCUGCACGUCAUGGACUCUCCUCUGCUGGCGCAGCAGAUCCAGGCCCAGAGACUCUGCAUCAAGCGGCUGAAGAACGACAACAACAGCCUGAAGGCAGAGAAGAUGCGUGCUCAGCUGGCCUCCCUGCCGCCCCUCAACGUGACCAAGCUCCCCUCCAGGGAGGGGCGUCCCGAGGUGCUCUCUAGCGCCCUCUACCGCAAAACCGACCAGCUGCUGGAGACGCUGCUGCAGAUGAGCGCCAACGUCAAGGUCGUGGACGUCACCGGAAAAUCCCCCGUGACCCCUGGUGCUCAGCUCCUGGAGCAGACGGCCCGGCUCCAGUCCCUGGGGGAGACUCUAGAAAGGCUGAAGGAUGAAGUGGCAGAGCACAUCGUCAACCAGCAGCCGGGAGCCCGGGUCUGCUCCGACUUCGCCACGUUCCCUUCAUCCUCGUUCGUGAAGGCGAAGGAGCAGAAGCACGGCGACACGGUGCUGGUGGGGCGCGUCAUGAUGCCGUGCCCCCGGGGCCAGGAGCAGGUCCACCGCCUGGUGCUGUCCCAGCGGCAGCUGCAGACGGUCCACGGUCUCCUGCAGAGGUAGAACCCCCCACCCCGGGAUCAGCUUCACCUCCGCUGCAGUGCCAAACCAGUCAAACCAGGACGUGUCUCAAGCGUCUCGUGGGAGGAAACCACCCGAGAUGAUCUCCAUGUUCGCAACGAAAGCAGCUGUAGUUAGAUGUCGCUCCUCAGUAAUCUCACCGUCUCGUCUCGGCUUCUCCAGAUGAGAAUAACGAAGCUUGAGAACAGAUUGACAGGCAAUUUUACAAGUCUUUCUCUGGUUAAAGUUGUUUUAAAUGUGGGAACAUGCUGCUUCGGUACACUUUAUCAUCUUUGCUUUUUGAGGCUGAUGCUCAGUUAACAAUGGAAAAUGGGGAAAAUGUCAUGUUAUUUUAUUAGCUAAAGUACUAAAAAAAGUAACAGAUUAGAGGCUAAUGCAGGAAAUUGACAUCUUUACCUUUUACUACAGGAACUUCGUCUGUGCACAAGACGACGCAGCUUUCCAGCAAACAAACAAUCUUUAAUCAAUGACAGAAGGGACUUAUCUUAACAUGCAGAGCAACUCGAAGCCCGGUCAACAAACUAGGGGGUUUAGAUGAAGAAAGGAAAUACUUAUCAAUACUAGUGCACUGCUGCAUGCUGCCAGAAUCACUCAAACCCUUAUUGGUCUAUUUAUUCUUCUGCAGCCUGCACAGACCGACGCUCCAAACCUUUGAAGGACAGAAUACGAACAAUCGUGAUGCUGAGCUUUAAAUUUAAUAGCUGUAUUUGCUCAGUUUUAAACUAAAGGGAGCGAAGGUUUAUACACUUUAAAGUGGAGGUUUGAUGAAUAGACUUUGCACAUAAGGAGCAUAAAGCUUCUGUGGUUUAGCCUUCAGGAGUAAACGUUCCUUCUGGAGUUUCAUUAAAGGUAAACAGGGGAUGUUAAAUAGAUUCACAGUGAAAUAAGUGAAGGAUAUAAUUAUGCAGAUUUUAUUUAAAAACAUCCUGAGUCAACUGUAGAUCAGGUGAAGCACUGGACGGUUAUUUAUUAUGUGUCUCAUCACUUUUUUACAUGACUGGUUCUCAUGAGACGCUGGUUUGUUUGGAUAAACGUAUCGGAUUAGGAAAACCCAGAACCAGCCGCGUGGCCUUUGCAGAUCAGACUGGGGGAGUCGUAACGCUGUCGGCGUGUCGGCCCUGCAGAGAUCAGUCUCUGGUUUGCUCUGACUCAAUCUGGUCAUCGCAGCCAAAGAAUCUGUUUCCCUUCACCGCGUCUGCGGCGGCUCCCGUUAAAAGGCUUUUCAUUCAUGAGUUCCUGCUACUCACUCCACUGGUUUUUUUAAGGCUUUUUAUGUUUACAAAGGACAGUCAUUAACGUGUAGUUUUAUUUAUUGUUUAACGGGCAUAGUGCAUGUAUUUGGAGAGUAGUUUCAGAGGGACAGAGCAGAUGUUUGUGUAUUCGUUGUCAUGUUGCUGCAGUGAAUUCGCAGAUUGUCAAACUUGUCUUAAACUUCUCCUUGUGAGGCUUCCUGCUGUUGCACAACCAAUAACUGAUCAAUAAACGUAUUA